AGUGACAGUUUUACAUUUUGUUUCAGAUCUACUGUUUCAAGGAGCACUCUGACCAGUCUUCAGGCACGAACAACAGGCGUAUGGCAGGAUCUCCCACAGACCCCACUCAUCUUUACCCGUGGGCAAUGUCUUUGAAAUUUGGAUCCACUGAUCAUCAGAUUGAGCACCAAAAAUGGUGGAAAUGGAGCUCAUCUGGUUCCGAUGGAGGAUCCUCAUCAUCAUCAGUGUACAAACAAGUAGAACCGUCAUCUAUUGUUCUACCGCUUUAUGGAAAUGUUUAUCCCAAAGGAUUUUAUUUUGUCCAAGUGGAUAUAGGACACCCUUCGAAGCCCUUUUUUCUUGAUCCGGAUACGGGCAGUGAUCUUACUUGGCUUCAAUGUGAUGCUCCUUGUGUCCACUGUACGAGGGCACAUCACCCUUUCUACAAGCCCAACAAUGACCUUGUGAUUUGCAACGACCCCCUAUGUGCAUCUCUGCAUUCAGGUGACUAUAAAUGUGAGACACUGGAGCAAUGUGAUUACGAGGUCGAGUAUGCAGAUGGUGGUUCAUCUCUUGGUGUCUUACUUAAUGAUGUCUUUUCUCUCAAGCUCAGCAAUGGGGCUAAGGUUAACCCCCAUCUUGCUCUCGGGUGUGGAUAUGAUCAGAUAGCUGGUGCAUCUCACCAUCCCUCAGAUGGGGUACUCGGCCUUGGGAAAGGCAGAACCAGCCUUAUUUCACAGUUAAAGAAUCUGGGUCUGGUUAGGAAUGUGGUUGGCCACUGCUUGAGUGGACGAGGUGGAGGUUAUCUCUUCCUUGGGGACGAUGUGUAUGAUGCCUCGCAUGUGACUUGGACACCAAUGUCACACGAUUUAACGAAUCACUACUCUCCAGGCCAUGCUGAGCUACUUUUUGGUGGUAAAAGUACUGGAGUAAAGAAUCUGCAUGUAGUGUUUGAUAGCGGGAGCUCUUAUAGCUAUCUGAACUCGCAACCAUAUGAAGCUUUCCUUUAUUCAGUGGAGAAAGAACUCAGGGGUAAGCCCCUACAAGAAGCGAACAAUGACCCUACUCUGCCGUUUUGUUGGAAGGGAAAGAAGCCCUUUGUUAGCAUCAGUGAAGUGAAGAAAUACUUCAAGUCCUUUGCUCUCAGCUUUUCCAAGGGAUGGAAAUCCAAAGCUCAGUUUGAGAUGCCCCCAGAGUCUUAUCUUAUCAUCUCUUCAAAGGGAAGUGUUUGCUUGGGGGUUCUGAAUGGCACAGAAGCAGGGCUGCAGAAUUUUAACAUAAUCGGAGAUGUGUCUAUGCAAGAUAAAAUGGUGAUUUUUGACAAUGAGAAGAACGCUAUAGGUUGGGCUCGUGCAAACUGUGAUCACCCGCCAUAUUCAUAUAUACUGGUAUUUGAUUCGUCGUUGUUUGAGCCUUGUUUGGGCAUAUCUGAUCUGGCUGCCGAGAUGUCAAUUUGUAGGUGUGGAUUUGCCCUCUUCAACUUCCCUCCACUUAAGCCGCAAACCCUGAAGAGACGGAUAAGACGAUCCUCUGUGCACAGCAGACCCAACUUGAAGUUCUCUCCUAUUUCUUACCUUAGCAAUGAGGGGACUCGUUAUUCAAUUCCAAUUUCUGGGAAAGAGCCGUCCCCAAUUGUUCUGAGCAGAAGAUUGCUGACCCACUCCGUCUUAGCUGCUUGGCUUCUCCCGAGCUGCUCCCAAGCCAUUGAAGGAAGAGAGGCGCUGGAGCUAGAAAGGUUGAGAAGGCCGGGGCUGCUGUGCUCUUUGAGGAAAGCACAAAGCAGCGAUCCAACAAUGUUGGGGUUGUGGUGAACCCAGUGAGAAUAACAAGCCUAAGACAGUUCGGAAGUCCUCAGUUUGUGGCAGAAAAACUCAUUCACGCCGAACGGCAGAAGGUUUGAUUCUUCGUGUUUUUUAUUUAAAACUGGGUGGUGGGAAGGUUCAAACUUUGACCUUUUGGUCAAUGAGGGUUUGAUACCAUGUCAAAGAACCUAUUCUACCAAAAGCUUAAACUUGUGGGUGUAGACCCAGUAAAGGCCUUUAUACUCUAACAUAAUCAAACAUCGUAAAGCGAAUUACGAACACUGUAUAGGAGUGGAGGGAAUAAUGUUAAAAUAUCAGGAAGAAUAAAAAUCAAUCAAAGCAAGUGAAUGGAAGGUUUGAGUUGAGAGUGCAUGUUUGAAAACAUUACCUUACCAACAUUUACUUAAAUUAUCAAUAGUUGAUCACAAAAGCAAAAGCCGAACUUAAAGUCCUGCACACUCUUCGAAUAAGAUUGUACAGAGGCU